AUGGGACAAGUGUCACUGGAGCAAACAUGUUUGAAACAAACGAAUACUGCCAUUUCCGAAUUAGCACGCUCCCCAUUGUUCAAGUCCGACCCGCGCACCUUGAGCUCGGUAGAACGCAAUAAACUUUGCUACCGAAGGGCAAAGGCUUUCUGCAAUGCAUACGGCCUGAAUAUAUCGGAUAUUGUAUAUAUGACUCCAAAGUUUUGCAAGAUGAAUCUGCAGCCUCUAGCUGGGCUAGAUAUAGGGACUUUGAAUCUUCUAAGUAUUCAGACCAACCUUUUCAUUGGCACGCUGGGUCCGUUUGCAGUGAACCGCCCAGAGCUCAAUUCCAUUCUCCAAGCUGCCAUGAACUUUGAAAUCUCAGCACAGUAUAUGCUUACUGAGCUCAAUCAUGGACUCGACACGCGGAAUCUCCAGACUACGGCAACUAUCCUGCCCGAUGGAGAUAUUGACCUUCAUACUCCUUCACCUGGCGAUGCAAAAGCUAUGCCUCCGACUACAACUAGAAGCGGACUUCCCGUUGUAGCCAUUGUCAUGGCUCGUCUCGUAUACAAAGACAAAGAUUGCGGAAUCAAGCCUUUCCUGGUUGAACUUGGUGACGGAGAGCAGAUGUGUGAAAACAUUACUGCAAGAGCUUUGCCUACAAGGACUGGAGCUCAUCCCGUUGAUCACGCCCUCACGUAUUUCAACCAUGUGCGCUUACCACAAUCUUCCUUACUGGGUAGCAUUGAGAAAGCGACUGACGAGCGCGAGAGUUUCUUAUCGACUAUACACCGUAUUUCUGUCGGAACACUGCUUGUUUCAGGUAGUAUCGUCCCAUGUCUGAAAAUCGUAGCUUUUGUCAUGAAUCGGUACAGUCGCAACAGAUCCGUCACCGGAGCCGACGGAAGACCUAUGGCAGUCAUUGGUUUUCGGACACAGAGUCUUCCUAUACUUCAUGCGGUGGCACAGUAUAGCGUUCUAGAGGCGUUCUUGGCUUCUGCGACAGCAUCUUAUCUUGACAAUAACAUGGACCCCAGGGUCCGUCAUGGCAUUGCCACCGCUUUCAAAGCAGUGGCUGUGAAUCACUUCGACAAGACCACCAAGGCUAUGAGUGAGAGAUGUGGAUGGCAUGGUCAUUAUGCGCACAAUCAAAUUCUUCAGCUGGAACUGGAGAUGAGAGGCGCAGCAACCGCAGAAGGUGAUAUCAGGGUUCUUGUGAUUCGUCUUGCAUCCGAGCUAUUGAUCGGUCGUUAUCAAUUGCCACCACCGAGAAGACCGACGAGUUCCAUUGCUCGACAUGAAGCGUCUCUUUUUGCCGAGGCAAAGGCACUUUUUCAAAGAUCAUCCAAUGGCAAUCAUCGAAGUGAGAAUUUCAACAGGGAUAUUCUGCCACUGGCCCUUCCAUUAGUCGAAGCCAUAGGUCAUCGAAUGGCGUAUGAGGCUGCCCAAGAAGCCAAUGUUGAUCCUAAGGUUAUCCAGCUUUAUGAAACAGGAGUCAUCAAGCUUGACUCCGCCUGGUACGCUGAGAAAGGUGGAAUAAGCCGGGAAAAUCAGCGGGAGGUAGAGUCUCAAGCGGCGGAUGCUUUACUUCCCCAUUUGGAAGACAUUAUGGAGGAAUCUGGCAUGCAAGAUUAUUGCAAUGCUCCGAUGUCCUCAAGAAAUCUUAUGGACCAAUUCAUUGAUGGCCUCGAGCUGUUUGAGGGCAAUGCAAAGCCAAGUUUGUUGGCUCGCCUGUGA